CAAAGGUGAACCGUGCUGUCCGCUGUGACGGAGAGAGAUUAAUGGUGUAGUGAAAUAAAUCUAGUAUCAUCUCUCUCCGCCAGCACAUUUUUACCUAAAUUAAUACUAAAAACUAAAAUUCAUUAGUGUUUCUGCAUUUGCAAGCAAAUAUUUUUUGAAGCAGGAUGGUCUUUAGUGGUUUGAUGCCUCUCAAAACUUCGGCUCCAUGAAUAUGAGUUUGUAAACCGCCAGUCAUGACCCAGCAGUGAUGAAGAUUUCGCCCUGAAGCCUAAAAUCAGAUGAUUUCACCGCCCUUAGCCCCGUAAACCCACAUCAUGCCUUAGGCCCUAUGUGGUGCAAAAUAGCUCAUCGCAGGCUCUCGCCCCCGAAAGAAGAACACCAUGGGACUUGGCCCGUCGCAUGGCUUCGUGUAGACACACAAACCAUACUAACCAUUCAAAACCACGUUAUCACAAAGAAUCAUCGUAUAGCGGUCACGCAGACCGAGCACCGAAACUGGUAUUUGCAUAUAAGAGACGUUAGAGAAUCUGAUAUGGGCUGGUAUAUGUGUCAGAUAAACACUGACCCUAUGAAAAGCCAGAUGGGAUAUCUAAAUGUUGUUGUUCCGCCAGACAUAUUAGACUUUCCUACCAGUAGCGAUAUGGUGGUAAGAGAAGGAUCAAACGUUAGCUUACAAUGUGCUGCAGUUGGAUCUCCAGAGCCGUCCAUAACGUGGAGAAGAGAAAAUGGGGAAAUGAUUGUUACUGAUAAAGAUAUUGAAGUGCCAUAUUUUGAGGGCCCUGUAUUAAAUAUGAGCAAAAUAAAUAGGCUUCAAAUGGGUCCCUACUUAUGCAUAGCGUCAAACGGAGUACCACCCUCUGUUAGCAAAAGAAUUUUAUUACGUAUACAUUUUCCUCCAAUGAUUUGGAUACAGAAUCAACUAGUUGGUGCUACAAUAGGAGAGCAAAUAACGUUAGAAUGUCAUUCGGAAGCUUUUCCAAAAUCUAUUAACUAUUGGACUAGGGAUGAUGAUAGAAUAAUAUCUCAAGGUACAAAAUAUGAACCGGUGUUUGUAGACAAUACCUACAAAGUUCAUAUGAGACUUACAAUUCAUAAUGUCAGUCAAUCAGAUUAUGGAAUAUACAAAUGUCUAGCAAAGAAUUCACUGGGAGAUACUGAUGGAACUAUUAAGCUUUAUCGUAUAGAAGCUCCCACUACAAAACCAACAGAAAAAGUCUUAACACAAGCGGCUUUAGUGACAAUUAAAACCGCUCCAAAAAAUAUGGAAAAAGAAAAACCCAGUGUUUACAAUUUAGAAAACAUGGAAGUACCAAAUAUCAAACCAAAAAUGAUUGAUGAUAUAACCAUUCUUAAAGAUGAAUUUGCAUUGGCUGAAUUACAAACAAUAUUUCCAUCAUCCAGUUCAAUUAAAAUUAGUGCAAUAACAGCAUUACAUAUUUUUCCGCUGCUUAUUUCAAUUUGUAAAGAUGUCAUUAUUUAAAAAUCAUAUUUUGAUUCUAAAUCUGUAAUAUACUGUAUUUAUAAUUACUCAAAGGGUUAAUUGCAAGCAAUAAUGUAAAGUUGUGAAAACUAAAUGUCAAGAAAAGUUUAAAAUAAAGGAUUUUUUGAAGUA